AUGGCUCCAGGGCGUGAUCUGGAGGCCCCACGGGGUGAUGGCUCUCCAAGGGCGUGUUGUGGGGGCCCCGGGGUAGUGGAGAGUAUGGAAGAUGAACUCCAGAAAACCCCCACCUGUAAGUUACCGUUGUCAUACCUGUACCUGUACCUGCCCCACACCUGCACCUGCCCCUGCACCUGCACCCUGCCCCCAGCACCUGCACCUGCCCCAGCACCCCACCUGCCCCAGCACCUGUACCUUCCAGCACCCACUCCGUCCCCAGCACCCACCUGCCCCCGACCCGCACCCCUGCACCCUGCACCCGCCCCAGCACCCCACCCGCCCCAGCACCCACCCGUCCCAGCACCCACCCGUCCCCCUGCACCUGCACCCGCCCCACCUGCACGCCCAGCACCCCACCCGCCCCUGCAACUGCACCCGCCCCAGCACCUGCACCGCCCCAGCACCCACCCGGCCCCAGCACCUGCACCUGCCCAGCACCUGCACCCCAGCACCCCACUCCAUCCCAGCACCUGCACCUGCCCAGCACUGCACCUGCCCCAGCACCUGCACCCGUCCCAGCACCCACCCGGCCCCAGCACCUGCACCGUCCCAGCACCCACCCGCCCCUGCACCUGCACCCGGUCCCCAGCACCUGCACCUGCCCCCUGCACCUGCACCCCGCCCCAGCACCUGCACCCGGCCCCAGCACCCCACCUUCCCAGCACCUGCACCCGUCCCAGCACCACCCGCCCUGCACCUGCACCAGCCCCAGCACCUGCACCUGCCCCUGCACCUGCACCCGCCCCAGCACCCACCCGGCCCCAGCACCUGCACCCGGCCCCAGCACCUGCACCCUCCUGCACCUGCACCUGCCCCCAGCAACUGCACCGCCCCUGCACCUGCACCUGCCCCAGCACCUCCACCCCAGCACUGCACCCGCCCCAGCACCUCCACUCCGCCCCAGCACCUGCACCCUGGCCCCUGCACCUGCACUCCGUCCCCAGCACUGCACCCGCCCCAGCACCUCCACCGUCCCACACCGCACCGUCCCAGCACCCACCCGCCCCAGCACCCACCGUCCCUGCACCUGCACCCGCCCCUGCACCCUGCACCCGCCCCAGCACCCCACCCGGCCCCAGCACCCACCCCAGCACCCACCCGCCCCUGCACCUGCACCCGCCCCUGCACCGCACCUGCCCCAGCACCCACCGUCCCCCACCUGCACCCGCCCCCAGCACCUGCACCUGCCCCAGCACCCACCUGUCCCAGCACCUGCACCCGCCCAGCCCCACCACCCGCCCCAGCACCCACCCCAGUCCCAGCACCUGCACCCGCCCCAGCACCUGCACCCGCCCCAGCACCCACCUGCCCCAGCACCCACCCGCCCCAGCACCUGCACCCGCCCCAGCACCCUCACUCCGCCCCCUGCACCCACCCGCCCCAGCACCUGCACCUGCCCCUGCACCUGCACCCGCCCCCAGCACCUGCACCUGCCCCAGCACCCCACCUGCCCCAGCACCUGCACCCUGCCCCAGCACUCCACCUGCCCCUGCACCUGCACCUGCCCCCAGCACCUGCACCUGCCCCCUGCACCUGCACCGCCCCAGCACCCCACUCUGUCCCAGCACUGCACCCGUCCCCAGCACCUGCACCCGCCCCCUGCACCCACCCGCCCAGCACCGACCGUCCCUGCACCUGCACCCGCCCCAGCACCCUCCACCGUCCCAGCACCUGCCCCAGCACCCCACCCCGUCCCAGCACCUACCUGCCCCCUGCACCUGCCCCCAGCUGCACCCCAGCACCCCACUGGCCCCAGCACCUGCACCCGCCCCAGCACCUGCACCGUCCCCUGCACCUGCCCCCAGCACCUGCACCCGCCCCAGCACCCCACCGUCCCCAGCACCCCACCUGUCCCCAGCACCACCUGCCCCUGCACCUGCACCCCCAGCACCUGUACCUGCCCCAGCACCUCUACCCGCCCCAGUACCC